AUGCAACCCCCCACACAAAACUCUCGUCUGGGGACUUUACCUCUUGGUCGAGCCGGGCUAAAACGACUUGAGGGACUUCUCGGUGUGGAAGCGAUGAUGCCUUCACGACAAUAUCCUGAGCGCUUCAGCUUAUGGAAUGAGAUGCCUAAUAUCAAGUACUUAAAUUUCAAGGGUGCAAAAGUCAAUCGGGAUCCUCUUGUCACGUUGUUGCGCGGAUGCAAAGAUCUGGUGAUGUUGGACACUUGGGAUUGUUAUGGUUUCAAUGAGAACGACGAUGAAAUAUCAAAGCUUGCGUCUCAUAUUAGUAAAUUUAUGUGCGAAGGUUAUGAAUUUCCUGAAUUUCUUUGUGGUAUGGACAAUUUUGUUCUUCCUGUUGAUGGAUACUCAUUUCAUCUGCAUGUGGAGGAGACGUGGGAUGAAAUGCUCAAUUAUUUGAGCGAUGCGUUCAAUGAUUUGGGCGACGAGGAAUGA